UUCCAAGGAGAGAGAAGCAAAGCCACCACUUAAAAUAAGCAGGCCCCUGUUUGUAGAGAGAGAAACACCACACGGUGACCCCCAAAUUCAGCAAACGCCAUGGAUUCUCAGAUCUAUGGCGUCCUCCUCCUCUUCCUCACUCUCGCCUCCGCAUUGCUGGAAAAUCCCUCCAACUCCACCGCUCAGAUCAAUUCCAACUCCGUCCUCGUCGCUCUCCUCGAUUCUCGCUACACCGAGCUCUCAGAGCUCGUAGAGAAGGCUCUCCUCCUCCAGACGCUCGAACAAGCCGUCGCUAAACACAACAUCACUAUUUUCGCGCCCAGAAACGAGGCUCUGGAGCGCGAUUUGAACCCCGAGUUCAAACGAUUCCUUCUCGAGCCUGGAAACCUAAAAUCCCUCCAAAAUCUCCUGCUUUUCCACAUGAUUCCCACCCGCAUUGAGUCCAAUCACUGGCCCGCCAGCAACCCCGUCCACCACACCACCCUAUCCAACGACAAGAUUCCGCUCAGGGCCAACAAAACCGUGAGCACCGCCAAGGUCAUCAAAUCCGACGACAUCAUCCGCCCCGACGGGAUCAUCCACGGCAUCGAGCGCCUACUGGUUCCGAAAUCCGUCCAGCACGACUUCAACGCGCGGCGGAGCCUCCGCGCCACCUCCGCCGUGCUCCCCGAGGGCGCACCGGAGGUCGACCCGAGGACGCACCGCCUCCUGAAGAAGGCGGCGCCCGCCGGAGCGCCGCCGGCGCUCCCCAUCUUCGACGCGAUGGCGCCGGGGCCGUCCCUGGCCCCAGCGCCCGCGCCAGGGCCCGGCGGGCCCCACCACCACUUCGACGGGGAGAGCCAGGUGAAGGACUUCAUCCAAACGCUGCUGCAUUACGGGGGCUACAACGAAUUGGCGGAUAUUCUGGUGAAUCUGACGUCACUGGCGACGGAGAUGGGGAGGCUGGUCUCCGAGGGUUAUGUUUUGACAGUUUUAGCCCCAAACGAUGAGGCGAUGGCGAAGCUGACGACGGACCGGCUGAGUGAGCCGGAGCAGAUUAUGUAUUAUCAUUUGAUUCCGGAAUACCAGACGGAGGAGAGUAUGUACAAUUCGGUGCGGAGAUUUGGGAAGGUGAAUUACGAUACGCUGAGAUUGCCGCAUAAAGUGGUGGCGGAGGAGGCCGACGGGUCGGUUAAAUUCGGGCAGGGUGAAGGAUCCGCUUAUCUAUUCGACCCGGACAUUUACACCGACGGUAGGAUUUCUGUCCAGGGUAUUGACGGAGUUCUGUUUCCGGCGGAGGAAACUGCUCCUCGCGCGGCACCUGUUGCUAAAGUUGUCACUAAGCCGAGAAGAGGGAAGUUAUUGGAAGUGACAUGUAGAAUGCUCGGAGCUGUUGGGCAGGAUUCUCAUUUCUCUAGUUGUCAUUAAAUUUCAUACUUAAGAAAAUGAAAAAAAUGAAAAAAGAAUAAAGGGAAAUGGUGCAGUAUUGAUUCUUAGGUUGGCAACAACAUAAAGGGGUGAGAGAGAGGACUUGGUUGUGUUAAUUGUUUGUUCUUCCGAACCCCACAUGAGAUUUUUUUUUUUUCUUCGGUUUUUUGGGUCUGUUAUUUGGGUUUAAAUACUGUAAUUAGAGUAUCCAAUUUCUUUAAUUUGUACCUAAGUUUGUUCCGCCGACAGUGUAUUUCAACAAAUAUACGGUCCUUUCGAAGAAUAUGUAUAUUGCUGCUGUUGUCACGGACUCACGGGUCAUUUUUGUCUUUUCGCUCCAAUUCAAGGCUCUGUGACUUUUUAUUUGUUAA